GUAAUUUAGUGGAGAAGAUAGAAGAAUUAGGAGAGAUACAGAGUGAGUGUACAGAUCAGCAUAGGAAGACAGGGUUCUCAGAUAAAUCUAUAGAGCGAAGGAGACAGAAUAAGACACAGUUCAACGAUUCAUCAGAUAGCGGUUUAAGUGGGAGCAAGUCAGUUAUAAAUAGAAGAAGGGCAGAAACUUUUAACAUGGCAAUGAAUAUUCAUGGCGGUAGUGAAGUUGAUACAUCACCUGCACAGAUAGGAUUAAUUGACACAGCACUCCAAAGAUGCAGCACAGAAAUUGUUACUAAAGCACUUAUGAAGAACAAUAAAGUAAAAAAGAAAAUAUUGCCAAAACUAUUUAAACAAAGUUUAGUAGAUUAUGAAAGCUCUGAAGYAAAUAAGAUAAGAAGUGUAGCUGUAUAUUAUAAUGGUGGGGUGUCAGGGAAGAAAAAGUUUAGAAAGACGUAUAGAGAUUUAGGUUAUAAACCAAAUAGAGGUAGUGCCAGUAGUAGGAGGAGGAGGAGGACUGUGCGUAUAACUAUUUCUAAUGUACCUUUACCUAGGCUUGUGCCCUACAAUAGGCUAAUGCCCUUCAUCAAAUCCAUACCUAUAGGUACUGUGUACAGUGUACGUGACACUCUGUGUUACGAUAUGCCCGAAGAAGAGAAGGGUACAGCAGCCAUGAACUGAUUUGGUUUGGCGAACCGUAUUGUUUUUAUUUUACUUUAGGUGGGGAUGGUGCCCCCUUUGGGAAGGACGAUUGUUCAUGUGCAUGGCUGAUUGGGUUUUUGAAUAUAGGACAGGGAAUCCUGAGCAGCAAUGAGAACUUCCUCAUUUUUGGUGCAAACUGCAGUGAAAGUAGCCUGCCAGUCAAAAGAUUCAUAAAGAUCUUAAUGGAUGAUAUCAAAACUAUUGAGGAUAGUGUUUACCAACUCAAUCAUAAUGGAAAACCAGUUAAUGUUAAAUUUAAAGUCGGCGAAUUACCCAAUGACAUGA